AUGGUUAACGGUCAUGAAAAGAGUUAUUUUCAACCAUCAAAUAGUUUACAAGAUGUUACAAUUACGGUUGAAACCAAUUAUAAUAGCCAAUUGCUCGACUUUAAAGAUCUUCCCGAACCCACAAAUUUCUACUCUCGAAAUGGUCACGAUUCGGCAUUUGGAAGCAUGUCAAGCAUUGAAGCAAGUAGCAAAAGUCAUCGUAUCUCGGAGAGUUUGACAAGUUUGGCAAGUUCGGAUUCUUGUGACAAAUCUUCAACACGUCCUUUAUAUGUUAAUUUACUGAGAAAACAAUAUCAAGAUGAUGCGAAUUGUGUAAUUUAUGCAGAGCCCGAAUCUUAUUUAAGGCAAGAAACUAAUUCUGACGACGAAAAAGGUUCCGAAACAACUUUCGCAAUGGAUUAUGAAAUAAUGGACAAACCUAAACAAAUAGAAAACGAAUUAAAAAAUUCUAUUUAUACAACGGAGAACAUCGUGGUUUCAUUAUAA